GUCCAGCCGCGGCCCUCCGCAGGUCAUUGACACCGUGCCCAUGGACGAGACCACGGAGGAGAUGUUCCGCUACUUCGAGCCGCUCUACGAGGUCAUCCACGACAUGCCCCGGCCCCCCGAGUCCUUCUUCAAGAGCAGAGGGGAGAGACAGGGGUGUCGGGAUGGGCCCAGCCAGGAUGUCCCAGCGAGCAGCCCAGCUCUGGAGAGCCCCAGGGACACCAUGCCUGGGGAGCAGCAGGACGGGCAGCACACGCCAGGAGCUGGGCUGGCUCCUGCCCCCGAGGUGCUCGAGGUGAGCCAGGUGACAAGUGACUCAGAGGGGGACACGUUCUGUGACACCCUGGAGCAGAUGGAGCCUGAGAAGGCCGGGCAGGUGCGGGGGCUCACCCCAAACAGGGUCCAGGCUGGGGCUGAGCCCCCAGUGCCCCACAGUGCUGGGCAGGGCCAACGGGAUGAAGGCAGAAGAGUCAAGGGGAGCAGCAGCACCGACCUCACAGCCCUGGGCUCCGAGAGAGGUGUCCGGCUGGCCGGGGGGGACCCCGGGCUCACCCCGGGGCUGGCAGCAGAGCUGGAGGCCCGCGUGGCCAGCACGGUGCAGGCACUGCAGGAGGAGCUGUGGCGAGUGCAGGAGCGGCUGAGCCGGCUGGAGACGCUCAGCACUGCCCAGGGGGACGCGGCUGGGACAGACCCCGGUCUGGCAUUUGUUCCACAGGCGAUGUCCCCGUGGCGCCUGGCCGUGUCCCCACGCACGCUGCUGUUCCUGGCCACCUGGCCCUUCGUCACCCAGUGGCUGCUGCGCCACUGGCAAGGCAGGAAGAGGUGACCACCACGUCCCCGCUGCCACCGCCACCGCUCCUUCCCCAUCCCGCUUUGCACGAGCCGGGGAAGCGCCACGGAGCCACGCGGGAAUCGCUUCACCAGCCACGGGCUCUGCAGGCCGGGCCCGCCCGGCCGGGGACACCCCCGGGCACCGGCACCGACACUCGGGGCCAGCAGCGGCACC